CCAACUUCCUGACACACAAGUCAGACACACGUUAUCAGAGACUUUUAGACUUGGAACACGCCUACACACACACACACACACACACACAUGCACACGCACACACACACACACACUGUAAAGCCUCUGUUCCUUUCCUUUCAGUUUCAGCGUCACCUCCGAACACAGACUUCAACAAAGAUGGAGUUUGCCUGCAGUCAUGUGGUCUGUAACUGGAGGUCUGACAGACAAUCCACCAGUCAAGUUACCCAGCGUUACUAUGACAACGUAUCAGCUGUUAAACAGGAAACAGAUCCGCCUCCUCCGCCUCUACCUCCUCGUCGCCUGAGGAAAGGCCGGCCCACUUCCCUGCCCCCCCCCCCGCCCCUCCCCCCCAGAGCUGACAAGCCUGAAGAAGACAACCCUCUGAGCGCCAACGUCAACGUGGUGUCCAUCAGCGUGGGGAAGCUAGUGGACAUCAGCCAAGCCUCCAUCCUUGGACAACUUUCAGUGCCCAGUGAAUUGUUGGGAAAUGAUGUGGAAAACAGUGUGGGCGACAGUCGGAGCAGAGUGUGCGUGGGCCGUCUCACAGGUGUGCGCAGCGAUGACGUUUACCUGCUGAACCACACCGACGACGACUACCAGAACCUGGAGGACACGCUGGUGGUGUUCUGUGUGGACAUCUCAGGAAGCAUGAGCGUCACAACAGAGGUUACAUCAAGCAGUGGAUCUACAGCGUACAUAUCCAGACUGGAGGGUAUCCAGGACGCCCUCCAGAGGGCGCUGUCCUCCCUGCUGCAGGAAUCCCCCCGCAGGAGAGUGGCUCUGGUGACGUUCAAUGAUGAGGUUGUCAUUUACGGUGAUGGUACUAGUACUCCUCUUACUCUCAGGGACUGGGCAUUGGUUGAUUACGACCAUAUAUGGCAACAGGGCGUGGCCUACAGCAUCCCGCACUGUAUCGCAGAGACCUAUCAGCAGCUUCUACAGAGAGUCAAAGACCUCCGGGAACACGGGGCCACGUGUCUCGGUCCAGCUGCAUUGGCUGCAGUUGCCAUGGCAUCAAGAUACCCAGGGUCAAAGGUCAUUUUGUGCACUGAUGGUAAAGCCAACAUCGGACUGGGUGAGAUGACCCAAACGGCCUCCGUGUCCCUGUCCUCCCCCCUGGACUCUUACUUCUACAAACAACUGUCUGUGCAGGCUGUGCAGAGCGGCGUCAUCGUAUCGGUGCUGACCUUUGAGGGGACGGACUGUCGCCUGGCUGAGGUGGGCAGACUGGCCGACACCACAGGAGGACGGGUGAAUAUUGUCACUAUAGGAACCAUAGCAACAGAGAUCCAGUUGGCGUCUAUGGACAACGUCCUGGCCACAGGAGCCGAGUUAACUCUGCUCGCUGCUGAUGGAAUAUGUUUUCCCUUUGAGGAGGAGAACGGCCACAAACUAGUGAGAGACAUCGGAAAUGUGACAGAGGGGCUGGAGAUCACCUUCCAGUUCGAUGUCAAACCCCAGUAUCUAGAGGAUUUUGUCCAGAGGAGCACACUUCCAUUUCAACUCCAGCUGACUUUUAAGACCAGAGACCAGCAGAGGGUCACUCGGAUCAUCACGGAGCAGCGACCGGUCACCACCAGCAGUCAGAUCUGGGCUGGCAGCCUCAGCAUGGCGGUGCUGGGUGUUCACUGUGCUCAGCUGUGUGCCAGGUUAACCAUGGAGGGACGAGUACAGGACGCACAGAGGGAGCUGAGAGCACAGCAGGACCUGCUGCAGCGAAUCAGUCAGCAGAAACCAAUCCAACAGGAGGAAAAUAUCUAUGGCAACUGGAUGGAUACCAUGACGACCAUCUGUGACGACAUCGCCACAGAGUCCCAGACCCUUUCUGAUGAAGCAGCGAAGGUGGUGUACCAGAUGAAGAGAGCCAGCAGCGCCACUAACAGAACCACUGAGGGUCCGAGGCCGGCGGACAGGAGGAAGAAGGCACUUAUGGAAGCCAUCUGAGCUGUGAUAGGACAUCAUCUGCUCUGGAAGGACUUUACCAACUGGCCCUUUACUGUGGAGCACGGCUUCAGUUUUAGGAUCAUUAAUGUGUGAACGAGAGGGAAAUAAAGGUUUGGAGAAAUCCAUCCUUUAUCUGUUAAUGUGCUGUGACUCAUCUGAUGUAGGAUGGUCAUUCGGUUUGUCCACUUUAAGGACAUUCUGUACGUUUGAACACAUAUCAGCCUGCAGACGCCUCAACGCCACCACAACAGGCUAGACCAUCAUUUAUCUAUUGGACUUAUAGAGGUUUUAAUUUGGACUGAAAGCCACACAAAAACUGUUUUAUUUCAUAAAUAAUCAGAAGAAUGCUUCAUGUACCCAGUCUGUCUGAGACUGGUGUAAACCUCUGAUAAUCUGUUCUAGUUAAAUAUCAGCGCCUACAACAGUGCACAUGCAGCAUCUGAUGAACUAGCUGUUUGGUCUAAAUCUCCCGUUUCUGUGUAUGUUUGUCCCAUGUGGGGGUGACAUCCGAUGGUGUGAUGGGACAGAUACAGAGGUGUGUGGAGAACAUGUCAAUGUCAAAUCAAAACACACGCCUUAUGUAUUUGCUUCAGCCUUUAAUUUUGCAUAAAGACAGAGUUGUACAAUCUGUCGAAUAAAGCGUAAAUCUUGCCAUUCUUUA